AUGGAGGUGGUAGAACCCACUCCACCCAAGGUGAUUGAGACCACCCCAGCCAAGGAGGAAGUGCCCAUCCCAGCCAAGGUGGAAGUGCCCACCCUAGCCAAGGUGGAAGUGACCACCCCUGCUCUCAGGGUGGAGAAGCCCAUUUCUACUGCUGCUGCCAAGUUGGUGAAAACUACACCUGUCCAUGUUGCCUUUAACAAGGUCACCCAGAUGACAGAGCUAAUUUGUAAGGAGGCUCCACCGCCAGGGGAGGAGAUAGACAGGAUGCUGAGCAAGAGGGGGUCGCCCACACUCCACAGAAAGUGCUCCAAAGUAUCGGAACUGACCCUCAGCUGGAAGGAGGAGAAGGAGCGGAAUGUUGAGACAGAGGGAGAAUUUGGAGAUGGCCGCACCUGUAGCGUGGACACAGAGGAUAGUGGGUACUCUGAGGCGGAGGAAAGGACCCUUGAGGCGGAGGGCGUUGAGUCAUGGGUGAGGGUCAAAAAACCCUCCAGCUCAGAGUUGGAUGACGCCAACAAGAUCAAUGCUCUCUCAAAGAUGUACAGUGCCGUGGGCAAUCUGAAAAGCCGCUGGCAGAACUGGUCCUCGACGCACACCGUCAACCAGAAGCUCAACCCCUUCAGUGAGGACUUUGACUACGAAUACUCCAUGUCCCUACGCCUCCGCAAAGGCGAGGAGGAUUACGGACGCCCCAAGGAGGGCACCAAAACAGCCGAACGUGCCAGAUGAGCUGAGCAACACAUCCACGGUGAGAUAGCUGACAUGUGCUAUGUGAUCAGGACUAUGAACGACCCAGAUCCGGACGGGAAAACAUGCAUCACGUUCAGAGAACUGUUUGAUAGAUACGUAUACAUCUCUGACAAGGUGGUGGGGAUUCUUCUGAAAGCCAGGAAGCAUGGGAAGGUGGCGUUCGAGGGGGAGAUGCUGUGGCAAGGGCAGGAUGAUGGUGUUAUCAUAACCCUGUUGGUGUGA